AUGAUGGUCUUAGCCCUUUGCCUAAAGAUACUCUAUCAUCUCCGUGGAGAUACGUUGGUGUUGAAGACUAUUAGUACAAGGCCCUUUCUGAGCGAUGGAACUGUUGACAUCAAUUACGGAGGGGAAAAGCUAGUUAGUAUCAGUGCUGGUAUAGAUGGUUCUUUGUGGGCUUUAAAGCAAGAGGAAAAUGUAGUAAACUAUCAACUCCUCAAAUGGCAAACCUCUGCAUAAAAGUGGUAUAUAGUUUCAGGCGCUAGAGGAAUCAAUCUCUCAGCAUACAAUGAACUCUCAGUAGCAAUAGUUGAUGAGAAAGGUCUACUUAGUCUUUCAUCUCAGGCAGGACAUCAAGAUGAGGCAUAAUAUACUAGUGUUGUGGGUCCUCCAUAUAAUCCAGGUACAGGUACUCCAUAUACUCCAGGUAUAGGUACUCCAGGUACUCCAGGUGCUCCUCUAUUACCAAUUGAUAAAACUAUUACAGGUGAUCCAAAUGCUCCAGCUAUUGUUUUAGAAAACCCCUUACCAAUUGCUCCACCACAACUUCCAGUGAUUAUUGGUCAGUCACCAGACUCAUUCGUUACUUUCCAAACAUUUAAGACAUUUACUGAUGAAGUAAACCUAUCCUUUAAUAAGAACAUUAAGAGUCUUACUCAAGUCUUUACUUCUAAAUCCAAUGUAAAAACACGUGAUGAAGCUAUGACUGCCAUACUUAAUUUGUGGAACAUCUUUGGCUUCAUCAAAACAACAUCUGGUUAAAUGAUAGGAUUCUAUUACGAAGAUCCAUAAUUAUCGACUUCUAUUGAUAACUAAUUAACAAAUACAAGAACUAUGAUUUAUGGAAUCACAAACAAUCAUUUCUCCAAAAAAGAAUUUGAUGAUGUUUUCUAACCAUAGUUUGGACCAUUCCCUAGCCAAAGAUAUAUGCAAAUCAUCAAAACUCCUAGAGCAAGAAUAACAUUUUACCCAUAAUGCUUUAAUACUGCUCCGUCGCCUAAUGUAGCUGAGUGCUACAGUGAUUCUAAUUUCGAAUAACCAGCAUAUUGCUUUUGGAUUCAAUCAAAACUCUAACAUGAUUUUGGUACAUUUGAUUGCGAACAAAUAGAGUAUUAUCAUGGCAAAUCACAAUGA